AUGAAUUCGAAGUUGUCGCCUGGCAAGCUUCAGUCUAACAACUCUUAUGCGUGGCACGACUUAUCGUCAUCCGCGCCAGAAGUACUCGCAGACCCCGUGGACAAGGAGUACAUCGCAUCCAGUGGCAAGGAGGUCGCCCCCUCCGCCGAAAAGCAAGUUGCCAGCGACGAUGGUAUACAAGUAGCUCCAGGGCUCGCGCCAGAAGUCCUCUCGGAAGUGAAUCUACCGGAAGCUAUAGAUCAAGAGGACGAGAAAGAAGCUGUCAAUCCUGAUCCGGACUAUUCUUUGGGCCUGGAAGAGAAGCCAAUCCCCUCACGUGCCCAGUGGCGAAGAGACCAUAAAGUGGUGCUCUUACUGUCUGCAGGAACUAUACUGCUUCUCGUGAUUGCAGUUGCCUUGGGAGCAGGUCUUGGUGUUGCCUUGAACCGAAAAUCAGAAAACAACUCGUCGGCAUCAACAGUGCAGUCUACGAACGGAGUGACGCUGUACGACGCAAGUCAAAUAGCCUCGCCGACUUCCACGAGUCUCCCGACUGGUACAGGUGCUCUUGCUCUCAGUGCAGCCCGAGAAUCCGCAGCUACGUGCCUAACUCAGAGAGACCAGCAGGUUGCCUGGGAUUGCAAUCUGACUCCGGACUCCCGUCUCGCCAUCGAUAUUCAACAGUCAUCACUCUCUGGCAGCAGUCUGGGCGCACAGGUAGUCUAUGCUUCAGACUAUACAGGAAUCCAGUAUGGUGCUCAAGCCCCUUACAUGAAUACCACUCUUGGCCAAUUCUUGACCGUCAUCGACAACAACGAUCCGGAGUACGGUGCCGCCUUUUACUUCCAGCAAACGAGGGGCGAGACGGCCUCUCCUGGCGAACGCCUCUGGCUCUGCGUCUUCAACGAGACCCUUCUAGAAGGCUUCAUCUACCUCAACCAAUCCGCUCAUCCAGCCUCGUCAACCUCCAGCUCAUCAUCAACCUCCGCUCCCGCAACAACAAGCUCUCACCUCCAAGGCCAAACCGCCGCACUCACCAGCUCCGAUUCCUCAAACACAGCCUCCGCAACUCCGACCCCUACGACCACAAGACCCAACCCCUGGGACUCCCUGCCCACCUUCUCCCGAGUGGUCAAGCUCGAGGAGCGCCGCAUCGCGAAUAACUCUGUACAACCUUGGUGUCAGAAAUAUCAAAUCCUGGACGGAGGCUCGGCGAACUGGGUGGGGGAUGAGAAUGGGGAACCGAUCAUCGUGCGGUUGGAGGAGGAUGAUUCGAAUACGAGUGGGCAGGGGUGUCGGUGUCAGUGGAUGAGUGGGGAUGGGUCUUGA